GGCGCGGGAGGCUCCGGGAUCCCUCGGCCCGGCCCGCUCCUGCCCCGCUCCUGCCCCGCUCCGGAGCUCGGCACGGCCUCUGCAGGCAGAGACACCAGCUGUAGCUGUUGGUUAUGGCUGCAGUGUGUCAAGCACUGCACAGGAGAGUUUCCUCCCUCGCCUGCAGGUUGCACUCCACCUAUGUGAGAAAAAUGAGAUACUUAAAUCAGUUAAAGGAAGAUGACAGCCUUUGUAGACAAGCUCAGACCUCAGGAACUUUCUACCUCUUUCACAAUCUCUCCCCCUUCCUGCAGAAAGUUGGGAAGAAAUAUUUGGUACCACAGCUCAGUGCAGCAGAGACGAGACAGGUUCUGGAGAAGCUGCAGGAGGCUGAGCAGUGGAUGGAGAAGUCGGUGCUGAUCGGAUGUUCGGACGAGCACAGACCGCGCUUUGCGCUGGAUUUAGGAGCCUUGGAUAAAUCAGUCAUUGAGUCAGAACUGCAGGGAUCAUUUACUGACCUACGAAAGGCUCUCUUUGUCGUGGAUGGGAAGGAUUCUCCUUUGCUGGCUUCGGCCCAGUCCCUCCUGCGGUGGCACGAUUCCCACCAGUACUGCAGCAAAACUGGGCAGCCCACUGAGAAGAACCCAGCUGGCAGCAAACGUGUCUGCCACGCCAGUGGAGUCACUUACUACCCUCAGGUGUCUCCAGUGGUCAUCACCCUGGUGUCCGACGGGAGCCGCUGCCUCCUGGCCCGACAGCCCUCCUUUCCCCCGGGGAUGUUCACAGCUCUGUCAGGCUUCUGUGACAUGGGUGAGAACGUGGAGGAGGCAGUGCGGCGAGAAGUGGCCGAGGAGGUGGGGCUGGAGGUGGAGUCGCUGCGCUACUCGGCGUCGCAGCACUGGCCCUUCCCCAGCAGCUCCCUGAUGAUAGCCUGCCACGCCAUGGUGCGAGCCAUGGCUGAGAUCAGUGUGGACACCCUGGAGUUGGAGGAAGCCCGUUGGUUUGGCCUGGAGGAAAUUGUGGAGGGCCUCAAGAGGGAGCCCAGCUCUUCCAAGCAAGACGACGGCAGUUUCUUACCCUGGUUCCCCCCCAAACAGGCCAUUGCUCACCAGCUGAUCCGUGAGUGGCUUCAGCAGCAGACUGCCCAGACAGCUUAGGCAGGGCUUCACCCACUCUGUGAUUCCACCAGAACUGUCAAAGCUCCAGAGAAAAGCUUCCAAAGCUCCUGGAACAAGGGCUCUGUCACAGUGAGGGCAGCACCACACUGAUGGCACUCAGGCACACUGACCCACAAAGGUCUCUGAACUGAUCUGACAGGCUCAUGUACAGUGGAUCACCUCUGAGACCCCAUGGUUUGAAGUAAAUGUACAAUAAAAUUCUCAGUUCCAAAGCAUCAAACUUGUUGUGACCAGCUGUCACUGACCCCAUGGCACCAGUGCCCCAUUUUUUCCUCCAUUUCUUCUGUUUUGGGUGGACAUCCAAGGCACCUUUCCCAGAACAAAAAUAAAGGGAGAGUGGCACUUUCCAGUGUCUGUGUUUAUAUGGAUCUGGGAGAGCUGUCAAAACCCAGUAGAAAAGACACUGCCUGUUUGCUCUCCUCUUCUUCUCUCUCUUCCCAUUCAGUCUUCCAUUUUAAUAUAAAAUACCUUUUUUUUAUGUUAAAUGGGCUUCUACAUUUCCCCCACUGGUAAGACAGUUUCUUCUGUCCCAAGAAAGAGAGAACAGAGCUCUCUGGUGGUGGAGAGGGGAAGAACAAGACCUGCACAUAAACGUUUUAGAAGACCACAGCUAAAGGUGACAAGAACUGCACUUAGAACAGAGAAAAAUCUUGAAAGGAUCAGUGUCUCUUACCCUGAGGCCAAAGUCUGUGCCUUGCCUGGAGAGCUGGUGUGAUUUGACUGAUGAAAUGGUGCCACCUCUCUGGAGGAAGAACAAGAAGGAAAUCUGGACAAGGAAAGCUUAGUGAGAGAGCCAGGUGAAAGGAUGUUUGAUCUGCUGCUGACUCGGGCUGGCAGCCCUUCCUGCCUGCCUGCCUGCUCAGAGCUCAGCUGCCAGGACUGCAAAGCCAGGUGCUUGAAGGGGGACAGGGAUGUGUCCCUGACUGCCACCACUGGGAUUCACUGCAGGAGAGCAGUGGUCAAAAUCUGCAGUCCUGACACCUGAGCAGCAAGUAAAAAAGUAAGUCUUCCACACUUUUGAGACACGCUGUGUUUGCUUGUGUUACUUUUACUUCAGGAGGUUGGGAGGGCAUACCUUCAGGCCGUGGUGGCAUGUACAAACACCCUUCUUGGUAUUUUAGUUACCAGAGAGAGAAAAAGUCUUUUCAAUCUACUCAAAUAGGGGAUUUUUUUGGUAGAGCUCGAAUAGCUACAAGAUAAUAAUCACAUCACAUCUUUGGAAAAGCAUUGCCUUUUAAACUGUUUUCUAAAACCCUCACUCCAUUAUGACUUAGUUAUGAAGCAACAUUGGUGGCCUCCAUUCCUGAUGUUAAGCUAGCAGGAGUGAUGAUAGGCAGUACCCAGCCCUGAGCAGGACAGAAAAACAAGGUGAGGGACAUUGUCCUCACUUGCAUUUGCCUCAUAAAUCUGUCUGAAGCCUGAAGAACACUCACUGCAGUCAAGACAGGACAUGCUCCAUAAAGGCAAGUGACCUAGAAAUAGGAACAGGCAAUUCCUGACAGAGGCUUCCUCACCAAAACACAGCAGGGCUUUCCAUGGAAAAGGUACCAGGCAGGCAGAAGGGCACAGAGCAACAACAUAUUUCUCUCAAGAAUGCAUCCCUUAACUGAAUC